AUGAAUCCCCUUUCCCCUAAAUCCCCUAUUUCCAUAAACUCCCUCUUUUCCCACAAACUCCCCAUUUCCCCGCAGCAGCACGAGAAGAGCCCAUCCCCGGCCGUGUCGCGCCCGCGGGGUUGGGAUUCCCCCGGCUCCCUGGACCGGGGCGAGCUGGAGGUGACGAGCCCGGCGCUGCGGAGCCGCCCCGUCACCCGCAGCAUGGGCCAGGGUGACACCAUGGAGGUGCCAUCGAGCCCCGUGCGCCGAGCCAAGCGGGCACGGCUCUGCUCCUCCAGCAGCUCGGAUGCGGCCGUGAGGAGUUUUUUCCACCCCAGCUCGCAGCACCGCGAUUGGUGUCCCUGGGUGAGCAGCGAGGAGGAAUUCCAGGAUGAUGGCACGGACAAGGAGCCCGGGAAGGCCGUGCCAGGAUGGGAAUUGGUGCUCAGGAGGCUCCUUGGCAUCCGGAAAUGUGACACCGUGCCCGAGGCAGAGCCUGUGAGCCUCUCGGAGAAAUCCUGCAAAGUUUUCCGCAUUUUCCGCCAGUGGGAGAGCAUGAAC